UCUAAACCCUGGAUAAACCCUAGUUCUAAUCAGCCCCCCAUUCUAUUUGUGAGCCAUGAAUUUACAGUUCAGAGCAAAAUUAUUCGGCCGAAUCCGCCUCUCCUCCCUCUCUUCCCUCCUUCAAUCGAAUUCCUAUGCCACCUCAAAAACCCCCAAACCCUUCAACCCUAAUCCCCCAAAAUCACCCCCAAAUUUCUCCGACAGAAUCGCGAAACCGACGGGCGACGUGAUCGUCUGGCCCAAGCCGCUAGAGAUUCCGUAUCAAGCAAAAGUUGCUAAUUUCGUGAAAUUGGUCGGAUUCGUGAAGGCUCCUGUUCAAUUCGACACUUUUCCCGGCGGGAAGCAUUAUGCUUCAACCGCCAUUUCUCAGGAAAUCGGCGGUGGAAAUGUUCCUCUGUUGAUCCCCGUUGUGUUUGAGGGCGAUUUGGCGCACGUUGUGGCCGGCCACGUGAAGCAGAACGACUGCGUCCUCGUGUCCGGGCAGCUGAGCUCGGAUCCGCUGCUGCCGCGCUUUGCGAAGAGCGAUGGUUGGGGAAAGCUUCAUAUUUUGGGGGGAAAUCUCAAUUUUGUCGAAGGGUUUGCGAAAGGGGGUUUUGUGAAGAAUGUGGUGGAGGGAGCUGUUGAUGAGAAGUUUGAUCAGCAGUGGGAGAAGGCGGUGGAAGAUGCCAAAGUGGAGAGAUUUUCGGGUGAGGCGAAUUGGGGGUCGGGUUCUGUGAAGGUGGAGUCGAAUGCGGGGGCAAUGCCGGGAUCUGGUGAGGUGAAACUAGAGAAGAAGAGAGAUUGGGAUAGGGGUUUGGAUUUGUGGAGGGAUCUUGUGAAGAACUCCUUGCUUUGGUGGGAUUAUCGGGAUCAGAAGGUGAAGGGGAUGGUUAAGGAGAAACAUCCCGAUUUUAAGCACAAGGAGACCGGUGAUGGGCUGUGGGUCGACAGUGCUCCGAAGUGGGUGCUGCCGGGAAUUGGGAAGUUGGAAUUUGAUGUUCCGGUUGUGAAGGUGAAGUUCGUGCGCGGAGCAGGGUAUGGUGGUGGUGAGAGGAAGGGUAGUGGUAAGGAUGAGGAUUCUUGGAAAGACUUGGUGGAGAAUCCUAGUAAAUGGUGGGAUAAUAGGGCAAACAAGCAAAACCCCAAAUGGCCCGACUUUAAGCAUAAAGAGACGCAGAAGGCGUUGUGGCUUAGCGGUUCACCAGAAUGGGUGUUGUCUAAGUUGCCACCAUCAACAUGAUUAGUAGAUUGUUUUGUGCUUGUGUGAUGAAGUUGAUGCUUAAGCUAGAUGGAUAUUGGUGCAUAUUAAGCUUUUCUUACUGGUAAUUGCUUAGUGUUGAGAAUUUGAUGCUAUGAAUGUUCAAUGAUUUGGUCUUUUAGAUAGCUGAGAAAUCUAAAUCCAAGAAUGUGUCUUCUUCGUGGGAAUUGAUAUGAUCUGCCAUGUUUUGAUCUUGAAUGAUCGUGUAAUGACUAAUGAGUUAUCAGCUAUCAUCUUUAGCAGAUGGUUGUCUUUUACUACUUUUUUAGAAAUCUUAUUGAUUUGUGGUU